AUGACUUCGCAAAACUUUCUCACCGACGAGGAAAUCAAGCACUUUAUUGACGAUCUAGACCACGACAAUGACGGCAGCAUCAGCUACUGGGAACUGGAACGAAAGCUGGAUCAGGUCCACAAUGAGAUAGCACCCAAAGCCCAGCCGCACAACCUACAUCAUGGAUCUCGCGGUGACGAGGCUCGCCAUGAAUUUCUUAGGCAAGUCAUUGGUACGCGCGAGGACCGUAUCGAUCGCGACGCCUUCGCAAGGACCGUAAAGACUUGGGAGAUUCCGUCGUUGGAACAAGACCGCAAGGAAGCGAAGAAUGAGAACGACUACCUGAAGCACAUUUCCCUAUAUCGACGAGCCCGCGCCUACUGGGCUGUCAAAGGACCAGAAAUACUGUUCCUCACAGUUGUCUUCAUCCUGAUGAUCGGCUUCGGGGUCUGGCAAUUCGUCAAGUAUCUCACCUUUGACCAGUAUACCCCUGCCUUUGGAUGGGGAGUCGUCCUGUCCAAGACCUCAGCGGGCGUGCUAUACCCCACCUUCUUCUUCCUCAUCCUCUCCAUGUCCAGGUGGCUUUCAACCUUCCUCCGGCGCUUCUACUUUAUCUCGAGAUUCAUCAACUGGGACCUAUCUCAGUCAUUCCACAUCAAAAUCUCGAUCGUCGCCCUAGUCGUCGCGACACUGCAUGCCAUUGGCCAUCUUAGUGGUUCUUUCGUCUUUGGUAGCAUGAGGAGCCGGCAGGAUGCUGUUGCCAAUGUGCUUGGACAGGACGCUGUGCCCCGUUCUUACACCACCUACCUGCGUACCUUGCCAGGCUGGACUGGACUUACAACACUUGGCCUUUUCUAUCUUUUGGCAGCACUAAGCAUGCCACAAGUUCGAAAGUGGAGCUACGAGGUCUUUCAACUCGGUCAUCUGCUCAUGUUUCCCAUCAUUGGCUUCAUGAUGGCGCAUGGAACUGCCGCCCUUUUGCAGUGGCCCAUGUUUGGAUACUGGCUUGCUUUCCCCACACUAAUGGUGCUUUUUGAGCGCAUCUGGCGCUUGAUCCUGAGCUUCCGCCCUAUCCUUGCUGAUCUUGAGUUGCUCGACGACGAGACUGUCGCCAUCACAGCCCAGGAUCCCAAGACCCGUCCUUGGGAUUACAAAGCUGGCCAAUACGUCUUCGUACAGGUGCCGCAACUGUCCCGAUUUCAAUGGCAUCCAUUCACCGUUUCGACCUGCACUCACAAUAACAUGCAGGUCCAUAUUAAGGCCGAUGGAGACUGGACGAAUAAGCUCCGCGACUUGGCAAAGGAAGGGGGACGGAACACUAUCAAGAUCGGAUUAGACGGGCCAUUUGGUGCACCUGCUCAGCGAUUCUAUGAUUUCGACUAUAGCAUGGUUUUUGGCGCCGGCAUCGGUGUCACACCCUUUUCCGGAAUCCUGACUGACCUCCAAUACCAUGAACUGGAGCAAACCAAGUCUAAAGAAAGCUCGCACGGUUCCUCAGACGAAACCAACCAACAGUCAUCGCCAUACACAAAUCAUCGUCGCAUUGACUUCCACUGGAUGGUCCGCGAUAAAAACAACCUCCUCUGGUUCUCCGACCUUCUGAACGAAGUUUACCGCGCCAACCCCGAGUGCCCGGACCUUGAUAUCCGUAUCAACACCUACGUGACACAAAAGCGCAAGCAAAUAUCCCAACACGUCUUCAGAUGGCUGCUGGAAAAGCAUCGCACGCCCGAACAUCCGCAGUCACCCAUCACCGGCCUUGUCAACCCCACGUAUUUCGGACGCCCGGAUAUUCGUGGCAUCAUGGAGCAACACUACGACGAUAUGAGCAAGGCAUUGGCAGAAGACAUGAAUGAGAAGAACAGAAGCAAAGACGACGGAAUCAAAGUUGGAGUCUUUUUCUGCGGCCCGCCCGUUAUUGGGCAGCAGAUUGCCGAUCAGUGCAGCACGCUGAGUGCGAGGGCGCGCAGCGAGGGCAGGAAGAUUAGGUACCAGUUUAUGAUUGAGGUCUUUGGCUAG